CCGUGCUGGUCUUCUGCAGUGAGUCCGAUUAUAUCAUCAAAAAUGACUGCUUUGCGAUUUGUCAGAUCUGUUUGGGAAUCAUUCCGGGCCACUUCCGGGCUAGAGCCUCGUCUGCUAGAUAAUCUCCGGGUAACUGCUGCAAAGCCUGGGACUGUGAAUUUCGAAUUGGAUAUCCAAAAGGAACAUACGAACCGUUUGAGUAUCCUCCAUGGUGGUACCAUCGCCAGUAUGGUCGAUCUCGGUGGCUCAUUGGCCGUCGCAUCCCGGGGGCUAUAUGCUACAGGUGUAUCCACCGAUCUAAACGUGACAUAUCUCAGCUCUGGUGGCAAGGUCGGCGAUAAGAUUCUGGCGGAGGUGACUUGUGAUAAAUUUGGCAAAACCCUUGCAUAUACCUCAAUCAGGUUUAUGAACCCCAAAGGCGACAUCUUCGCCAGGGGGAGCCACACUAAAUAUGUUGCGCUUGCCUGGAAAGACCCUCAGAAUAUUGUUGAGGAGUUGAGUGAGCGCAAAGCAUCGUAGAAAUUCUUUUUGCAUAUGGGGGCUUCGUGCAUGAAGAACCAGACGAUCCUAAUAAAUACCAGAUAAAUAUAGAUAUAUAUAAAUGCGCGUGCUUAGAACCU